AUGUCUUCCCAGCACGAGCGCACAGCCCAGUUGCCGGCCAAGCCCCACGGCCUCACUGUGACCCAAGAUCUCCCUCACCAGACGCAGAUCGAUGAGGGAGGAAAAGCUACGCAAUGCGACAUCCUCAUCAUCGGUGGUGGUGCCGCUGGACUAGCCGCCGCAGCAGCUGUCCAAGACAGAAAACUUAGAGUCAUCCUCGUCGAAAAGGCCGACCAUGUCGGCGGCACCACCUUCCGAUCCGGCGGCACCAUCUGGAUGCCAAACAACUUCCUUCUGUGGAAGCAUGGCAUUGAGGAUAGCAAAGCACUCGGGGCGCGGUACAUCAACGCUGUCACACAAGCGAUACCGACGCCUUCUCGUCGACACGCAGCCGAUGCCCCUUUGCGCAGCAGGCGCGUCGACGCGUUUUUAACGCAAGGUCCUGAAAUGAUCAAUUUCUUUCGAGAUCAAGGGUUUCAAUGGAUGAGCACGCCUUCCAAGUUUCCAGACUACCAUCCAAACGCCGAUGGCGCUGUUGAGCAAGGCCGCACCCUCGACCCUGCCGUCUUCGAUGCGGCUUGCCUAGGCCCGUACUUGAAGUACCUGCCCGCCCCAGAUGGAGCGCCUGUGGUUGCUCGGUUUGAGGAUUUCCGGAUCCUGACACGGCCCCACGCCUCGGCGCACUGUACAGAUCUUUCGCCCGUGCCAAAGGGAAUGUCAAGGCCCAUGUCGAUGGGUCGAUCGGUCGUCGCACAGCUUCUCAAGAUAUGCAUGGAUCGCGGCAAUGUGGAGAUCUGGACCAGGUAUGAGCUGCAGGAUCUCUUGCUACUUGACGACGGCGGCGUGGCGGGGGCCAGGGCUCAACGCGGAGGGGAUACAGUCUCUGAGGAUAUCCACGCGACGUUGGGUGUGGUGCUGACCACGGGUGGAUUCUCCAAUCACCAGGGCAUGCGGGAUUUGUAUUUCGGAAAGCAGAGCAGGAAGGAAUGGAGCCUCAGCUCAGAUGGCGACACAGGCAUCGCGUUGCAAGUUGGCCAGAACGUUGGCGCCGACAGCAGACAGCUUGACGAGGUCUGGGGUGUUCCCACGAUGAAUGAUCCCAGAACUGGACAGGUGACGGAAGCUAUGUUUGCCAUCUCCAAGCCCUUCUCCGUCGUCGUGGAUGACAUGGGCCGCCGUUUCUUCGCCGAGUCUCAGCCCUACGGUGACGCAGUCAGGUCCAUGUAUACAAGAGCAGGAGCGGGAACAAACGCUAAAAAGGCACGUUUCUGGCUCAUUUUCGACCGGACCUACAGUCGCAGAUACACGAUCGGUGGUCUCAAACCGACAAUGCGUAUCAGCGAGGCUGUUGACCGAGGUCUGAUCUUAACCUCCAGCACCAUCAGCGACCUGGAGAAACAGAUAGAUAUUCAAGACGGCGCACUUCAAGCAACGCUUGACAGAUGGAACGCGAUGUGCGUUUCGGGUAAAGACGAGGAUUUUGGCCGGGGCGAAGACAGGUACCAGCAGUUCAUCGGAGACCCGGGCGUGGGGCCAAAUCCCUGCAUGGGACCUGUCAAAAUGAGCCCUUUUUACGCCAUUGAGAUCUUUCCCGGCGAUGCUGGUACGAGGGGAGGUCUCCGAAGCGAUGAGUUUGCAAGAGUGCUGAGGAAAGAUGGCGAUGUGAUUCGCCGGCUAUAUGUUGCGGGAAACGCAUCAGCCGCGACACUUGGGUCCCAUGGCGCAGGGACAACAAUCUGCCCUGCGAUGACAGAUGGCUUCAUUGCUUGGAGACAAUCUCCAGUGCUAAACGAGACUGAGGUCCGAGAAACCCUAGAUGGGCGGCUCGGCUUAGGACUUCCUGGACGCUAUCAAUAUCCAGAGAUGUCAAUCUCCAAUCAUAGUUGGCUCAACUUUUCAUGCGUUUUCCACGAGUCUCUACGUUACAUCCCGCCGAUUCCUCUGACAGUCCGCGAGACCCGAGCAGACGACGUUCUGGCGGGGUAUCAUAUCCCGGCGGGAACUGUGGUUUACGUCGUGGCCAAUGCCAUCAACCGUCUUCCCGCGUACUGGGGGACACGGCGGGCGAAUUUAAUCCUGACCGGUGGGACAAUCUGCCGGCCGAGUGGACCCCCAGUGCCUUUAUGA